CAAGGACGAUGCCAACACCAACAGGCCCCGAAACACUCGCUUCCCUCCUCCAAACAACCCUCCGCACCCAACAACACCCCGACUCCCUCGCCAACGCUCUAACAGCCUACACCCUCGCCGGAUCAGCGACCGAAGCCGCCACUGUUGCUCCCCUGUUAUUGAGAUGCUUGUAUAUUUUGGAUGGAGAGUGGACACAGCAUUUGUGUGAUGCGAUUGAGGCGUCGUUGAAGAGGGUUGGUGGGGUCAGGGUUGCGGGGUUGGGCUACGAUAUUCUUAAAGCGGGGUUGGAGGAGGAGAAUCCAGUGCCGGUACGCAUUCUAUGUCUGCGUGUGCUCAGGGAGGAAAAGGGUGGGGAGUGGAGUGAGGAUAGGGGUGUGGUGAGCGGGUUAGUCGGGAGUCUGGGGGCGAGGGAGGAGGGUGUGGGUGGGUUCGCUGUCGAGGUUCUUACACAGAAACUCAAAGAGGUGGAAGGGUUGGGUGAGGUGUUGGUGGCGAGGGAUGUAUUGGAUCAAUUACUCGAGUUGCCGAGGGGGAGGGGGUUGACGAGUGCGCAGGCGAGUACGGUACAAGCGCGGAUUCUGGCGGUGUUGACUGCGUUACCGCCGACGACGCUCUAUUGCACACCAGAGUUGAGGGCGUUGUUGGAUCCAGCGGUGGUGGAGGAGGAUCCGUUGUUUGCGCUCGUUCUCAUCGAUACGUACGCUUCCCUUCUUCUCACUUCGCCAGCCGAAACCUUCACCUUUCUAAAGGAAAACGGAGCAACGGACAAAAUGAUCGCCCUGGUGAAGGACGACGACCCACUACUCAGUCCAUACAUCUACAAAUCAAUCUUACCGGCACUACCAGAGGUCCCGGACGAAAUGAUAUCGUCCGUCGCGAGGGCUUUAGACGACAAAGCACUACGCAAUGGAGCCUUGGUCGCAGUCGGCCUCACCCCCGCCCUAGCAAAAAACAAAGACGUACUCGAAGCAUCUUUCGUCACCGGAUUCACCAAGCGAGCCGAUAUCCCCGCCCUAGAAUCUCUCGCCGCAAUCCUCACCCGCGAGCCUUCGGCCUCCGCGCAAUCCAUCUGGAACUCUCUCCCAGAUGCCCGAAAACUGCUCGGAGGCCUCAUUGAUGCCACGACGGAUUUCGCACUCGUCGAGCCCGCUGCUGCGAUUGCGGCGUAUAGUGUCUUGAAGGGGUUGGUGAGGCAUAGGUUUGGGGUUGAGAUUGUUGUGGGGAGUGCGGCUGCAAUGGAGAGGUUGUUGGGGGUUGGGGAGAGAAGUUGGGGGAAGGAGGUUAUGUGGGCGAGGUUUGAGUUGGUUCAGGGUAUGGCUAAGUGGAAAGAGGAGGAGGGAGGUUCGGGGUCGGUGUUGGGGCCUUGGGAGGAAAGUGUGAGGGUGAGGAUUGGGAAGGGACCGUUUUGGGUUGAGAAUAAUCUGGAGAUUGAUGUUAUGUAG